CGGUGGGAAUUGAAAGAUGUCAGAUGUUGACGACCUUUAAAGACGAGCUUACAUUUGUGACUUAGUCUUGGAUCCUGGUUGGACCAAAGGCAGCGGUCCUGCUCCAUCGGCAGGGCGAAAAUUGUCAGAGUACGGAAUUUCCAUAGGUGCGAGCAUGAAACUGCUUCCUAAGAUUGUUCUCCACUACUCUCUUGAUUCAGUCGACAUGAGGGCGUUUGCUCGACACGAGCUUGGAUUGUUAGGAAGGCUGUUUUGCAGCUAUGGCUCUAGGUUUGAUUCUUCCCAUGCGGCUGUCUCCACCUGCAGGUGCUGAAACACGAGGAGCAGAACACUUGUCUUCAGUUCAUUUAGCAAUCUGAGAAGAAAUCACAUCCUCGAUCAAAUGGAAUAUGGACGGGGACCUGGUGACCGGCGGGGGCCGUAUGAUGGAUAUUACUACAACUAUCCUCCAGGUGGGCGGGGAAGCUCAACAGUGUCUUCAUCAUCAUCGUCAUCGUCAUCAACGAAGGGUGUGCCAGUUUGGGGGCUGGUCUUGAUUGUGCUCGCCUCAGGGUUCACCACUCUCUUCCUUCUGUGGCUGUGCAUCAGAUUGAUAGUCCGCAGGAGGUAUGCCAGGCGGGUAGCAAACGACCUAGAGCGUCAGACCCAGGCCCAGAUGGAUGGGGAAGCGCUGCAUGACGCUGCUGGGUUGAAUGCCGUGGACCUCGGUGCCAAAGAUGGUUACUCCGAUCCCAAGAAGUGCACUACAAGCGUGGAGCUGACUUACGUGGUCAUGGCUGGGGAGGAUCAGCCAAGCUACCUGGCUCGCGCAAUCAAAACAACGGAGGAAUCGGUAGGAUCUGAGCAACCCUCUUUGUCUCCAAAGAAAGGCGAUGCAUCUGAAGUUCCUGAGGAUCCAGAGAAAACCCGUCCUUCGUGAUACUUCCCACUUUCGGAAUAGUUUUUUGUGUGCUCCUAUUUUGUGCUCCACUAGCCUCUUCUUAGUCCUGCUGACUUUGCUUGUGCUCGGAGAAGACAAGGAUUGGAGCUCUUGUAUCGUGAAUUGUUUGAUGCUCGAUUUCGUAAGGCCGAACAUACUGAAACUCGUUGGAAGAGUACAUUGAAAAAAUAUGCACAUCUUCUUGUCUUUGCAAUAAACUGUGAAUAUCCUAGAAUCAAUGCUUUUAUGGCA